AUGGCUCAUAUAGGCUGCAACAGAAGCCAAAGGAUUGUAAUUGGUAUUUGUGAUGGACCCAGGUUGGCUAAGAAGCAGAUUGUAGUAGAUAACAUUAAGACUAAUCUAUCUAAGACUCUUAUAGAAGACUCUAACGGUCCUUCAAUUGUUGACGAAAAACUAGAAGCCAUUAUUAUGAGUAUGAAAACGCAACUAGGCGGGCUAGCUGUCAACAAGAAGAGAGGCGAAAAAGGUUUAUCCCAAUUUAAGGUUGAAGUUGUUGAUCUAGUAUCUGAAGAAGGAACAACAACUGAAGAGAAGCUGAGUUCUUCUACCCUGAGGAGGCGCAAAGCAGAAAAGAUUGAGAAAGAUUAA